GGGUGUCGUACAUCUCACCGUGUGGAGACUGAAACCAUUUUGUCUGCUUUCGAGUUACUGUUUCUGCCUCUCUGAGAAAACCAUGGCCGGCAAGGUUAUGCGUGCUGUGCGGUUCGAUGGUUAUGGUGGCGGAGUUGCUGGUUUGAAGCAUGUGGAAGUUCCAGUUCCUGCUCCAAAGAAAGACGAAGUUUUGCUGAAGGUGGAAGCAAGAAGUCUAAAUCCAGUCGAUUGGAAGAUUCAGAAAGGCAUGCUACGACCACUUAUGCCAGGCAAAUUCCCUUACAUACCAGCUACCGACAUAGCAGGAGAAGUAGUAGAAGUUGGUUCUGGUGUCAAGAAUUUCAAAGCUGGUGACAAAGUUGUAGCUGCGCUUAGUCACUCUACAGGAGGUGGGCUUGCUGAGUUUGCUGUGGCCAAGGAAAGUUUGACUGUGAAUAGGCCUGCUGAGGUAUCAGCAGCUGAAGGAGCAGGCUUACCUGUAGCCGGCCUCACUGCACUCCAGGCCCUCACCCAGUCUGCUGGGAUCAAGCUCGACAGCAGUGGAAAGCCAACGAACGUUCUAAUAACUGCUGCAUCAGGUGGUGUUGGUCACUAUGCUGUUCAGCUGGCAAAACUUGGGAACACACAUGUUACUGCAAGUUGUGGGGCUCGGAACAUUGAGUUUGUCAAGAGCUUAGGAGCAGAUGAGGUUCUCGACUAUAAAACCCCAGAUGGGGCAGCGUUGAAGAGCCCCUCAGGUCGGAAGUAUGAUGCAGUAAUCCACUGUGCAACAGGAAUCCCUUGGUCUACGUUUGAGCCUAAUUUAAGUGAGCAAGGAAAGGUGGUAGAUAUCACUCCCAGUCCUAGUGCCAUGCUCACCUUUGCAGUAAAGAAGCUAACCUUUUCCAAGAAGCAGCUGCUGCCUUUGCUUUUGUCCACCAAGCGUGAGAACCUGGAAUUUCUUGUUAAUUUGGUGAAAGAAGGGAAGCUGAAGACAGUAGUGGACUCGAAACACCCUCUGAGCAAGGCCGAAGACGCCUGGGCAAAGAGUAUGGAUGGCCAUGCUACAGGGAAGGUCAUUGUGGAGCCUUAAGUAUGAUGUUUGGGUUAUUGGCUACUUUUAUUGUGUUUAUGUGAGUUGUUUUUUUUUUUUUAUUAAUAUAUUUCUUUAUGGUGUUUCUGUGAGUUGAAAGAAACUUGUGAGUAGAUAUUGCAUGUAGAUAGGGUAUAUUACAGUAUAUGCUUUUCCCUAAUUUGGCUUUCAAACUU